UUGCUUGAAGAACAAUUUGACGCUCCAAGACAAUUUUGCAUGGCGACGCAUUCAAUGAUCAUUCGUUCUUCUUCUUCUUCUUCCCCAUCCUCUGCUUUCGCAGAUUCAUCUCCUUUGAGAGAGACUCUACUACCACUCUUCAGUAUUAGAUCUCUCACAUUCCAGAGAAAAUCCUGUUUUUCUCGGCUUCGGUUGAGAUUCUUUGCCGAGAAACACUCUCAGCUCGAUUCCUCAAAUGGCUGCGCAACAAAUUUCGCCUCUUUACAAGAAUGUCGUCUCUCGCCAUUGGUAUCGAACCACAAUCUUUUGGCUCUUAAUGUUAAACUUGUUCUUUGCUGUUUCGUGAAGUUUUCCAAAUUUGUUAGGUUGCUUUCUUUAGCCGGAGAGCAAGUUACAGAGGAACAUGUCACAAAAGGAGAAUCCACUCUUAGUAUUACAGUCGUUGGAGCAUCUGGAGAUUUGGCCAAGAAGAAGAUAUUCCCUGCAUUGUUUGCUCUCUAUUACGAGGGUUGUCUUCCUCAGGACUUCUCUGUUUUCGGUUAUGCUCGGACAAAACUCACUCAUGACGAACUUCGUGAAAUGAUCAGUGGGACUUUAACUUGCCGGAUAGAUCAAAGGGAAAAUUGUGUGGACAAAAUGGAUCAGUUCUUAAAGAGAUGCUUUUACCAUUCUGGUCAGUAUAACUCAGAAGAGGAUUUUGCAGAACUAAACACUAAGCUCAAAGAGAAAGAGGCAGGGAAGCUAUCAAACAGGCUGUACUAUUUGUCUAUACCCCCAAACAUAUUUGUUGAUGUGGUAAGGUGUGCAAGCCUUAGAGCUUCCUCAGUGAGUGGCUGGACAAGGAUCAUUGUCGAAAAGCCGUUCGGUCGUGACUCUGAAUCAUCUGGAGAGUUAACCAGAUGUCUGAAACAGUAUCUCACAGAGGAGCAAAUCUUCAGGAUUGAUCACUAUUUGGGAAAAGAGCUUGUUGAGAACCUUUCAGUGCUUAGAUUCUCAAAUCUUGUUUUUGAGCCUCUCUGGUCAAGAAAUUACAUACGCAACGUUCAACUGAUUUUUUCUGAAGAUUUUGGUACGGAAGGACGUGGAGGUUACUUUGAUCAGUAUGGAAUCAUAAGAGACAUCAUGCAGAACCAUCUCUUGCAAAUACUCGCACUUUUCGCAAUGGAGACGCCUGUGAGCUUGGAUGCUGAGGACAUUAGAAGCGAAAAGGUGAAAGUACUGAGAUCAAUGAAACCAUUACUGCUUGAAAAUGUGAUUGUUGGUCAAUACAAAGAGCAUAGCAAAGGAGGAAAGGCUUAUCCAGGCUAUACAGACGAUCCAACGGUUCCAAAUCACAGUCUCACUCCUACAUUUGCUGCAGCGGCUAUGUUCAUCAACAACGCGAGAUGGGACGGUGUCCCUUUCUUGAUGAAAGCCGGGAAAGCUCUGCAUACAAGAGGAGCAGAGAUCAGAGUUCAGUUCAGACAUGUACCAGGAAACUUGUACAAGAAGAAUUUCGCUACUGAUUUAGACAAGACAACGAAUGAGCUAGUGAUCAGAGUUCAGCCUGAUGAAGGCAUAUACUUAAGGAUCAACAACAAAGUCCCUGGUCUUGGAAUGAGACUAGAUCGAAGCGAUCUUAACCUUCUAUAUCGAUCCAGGUAUCCAAGAGAGAUACCAGAUGCAUAUGAGAGGCUGCUUCUUGAUGCAAUAGAAGGAGAGAGGAGGUUGUUUAUCAGAAGUGAUGAGUUAGAUGCAGCAUGGGACCUAUUCACACCGGCUUUGAAGGAACUCGAGCAGAAGAAAAUCAUUCCUGAGCUUUAUCCAUAUGGGAGCAGAGGUCCUGUUGGUGCGCAUUACCUUGCGUCUAAGUACAAUGUGAGAUGGGGAGAUCUUGAAGAUGCUUAA